CUUCGGGUUGGCAUCGCGCAUCAUAUGGAGAUCGUGGGCUGAUAUAUAACGGGCGGGUGCAGUAUUUAUCGAGGCAAAUGGCGCACUCACAGGGCGCUCAGCACGCAAUUGACGCUAGUUGUUGUUCACCACCCACUCGCCCUCAUCGCCUAGCAAAGGAUUAUUGGAAGUCAUGGGCGCCUACAGCAGACGGGGGGUUUUUAUACCCUGGGGUGGGAGCCUGCCUCCGAUGUGAAUGCUCUGGUUCUCUUGCAGUCUCUCCUGUGUUGUCGGUCCACAAAUAAUACAACGACCGCCCCAUCAUGGCAAUCUGGACCAUUCCCGAGCUCAAUACUAAGCUCGGAACAUGGCGUGCAUACCACUUGGCCGCUAUUGUCUUCAUCUCCUCCUUCCUCUCUGGAUAUGACUCGGGCAUCGCCGGCGGCAUCCUCACCUAUAAGCCUUUCGAGAAAGAUUUUCGCUAUACCAGCGCCCAUGAAUCCAAAGUCUCUUCCUUGACAGUCGGUCUCGAACAGCUGGGGUCGUUUGUUGCAGCUCUUUUUGCUUACUGGCUCACCGAUAAAUAUGGACGCAAGUAUGUUAUCAUUGGCUCGACUGGUGUGUUUUGCGUGGGAGUGAUCAUCGAAGUGAUCAACACCCACUCCCUCGCCGCGUGGUAUGUCGGUCGAAUCAUCGCCGGUAUUGGUAUGGGCGGCCAAAGUGUUGUUGUGCCUAUGUACUCCGCGGAAAUGACGCCAAAGGAGAUUCGUGGGCGAUGCGGUUCCUUUUAUCAAUGGCUGUAUACUUGGGGUGUCCUCGUGGCUUAUUGGGUGGAUUAUGGAGUCUCUGAGAGUUCGUCCAUCUCGAAAACAUCGCGAGAGUGGCAAAUUCCUGUCGGUCUUCAGCUCAUAUCGGGAGGUAUCAUGUUCUUUGGCACUUUCACCCUCCCCGAAUCCGUUCGUUGGCUACUCAGCCAAAACAGAACCGACGAGGCCUGGAACUCCCUGAAAUGGAUUCGUGGCGACGAAGGUGAAAAAACGAUCGAGGAAUUCCGUGAAACAGAGCUCGGUCUCAAGGCCGAAACUGCGGCCAAAGAGAAUUUCUCUUAUCGCGAACUGCUGGAGCCGGCGAAUCGCCUUCGGUUCUUCGUUGGACCAUUGCUCUUCGUCUUCCAGAAUGCGACAGGCAGCAGUGCCCUUGCUGUCUUCGCACCAGAGUACUUCAAACUCCUCGUCGGCAGCGGGGGCAACCGUGAUCUUCUACUUACCGGACUUUUUGGCGCGGUGAAGGUCGUUGCUUGCACUUUCUUCAUCCUGUUCCUUGCGGAGAGUUUUGGGCGUCGAGCGCUGUUGACAGGAGGGUCGGCUCUCAUGGCCGCCUGUAUGCUGAUUACAGCUUUGAUUGUCAAACUGAUACCGACCCAGUCGAGCUCAUCUGUCACCUCGGCCGGCCGAGCCACCGUCGCCAUGCUUUACCUGGACAUUAUGAUUUACAACUGCUCAUGGGGCCCUGUCCCUUGGGCGUACGUUCCUGAGAUCUUUCCUACGCGCAUCCGAGGUCUAGGGCUCGCAGUCAGUAUGCUGGCUCACUGGGCGACUUCGUUCUGCUUCUCCUUCGCCAGUCCAUAUAUGAUUGACAACAUCGGUGCCAACACCUUUUUCAUCUUCAUGGCCUUCGACAUUGUCGCUGCUUUCUUUUGUUUCUACUUUGUCCGCGAAACGCGCGGACAGAACCUGGAAAUCGCUGCGGGGACAGAAUGGGAAGCAACCGAAAAGAAUGCAGAAGCGCUGGGUGAGAAGGGUGAGCUGGACCCCACCGAUCCUUCUGAAGCUGGCAAGCAGCUGGAGGUGGUCGCGGUUCAUGACAAUUUUGGAACGAAUUUCAAACGUCGACACUAGGUACCUAUGUGGCGAAGGGUACUGUGGAUGACUACCAAAGCGGAUGCACGGUAGAAUAUGCGGAAUGACAAUGAUGAAUUGGGUCUGGGAUUCCCGAGUCCUUCAAGGACUUUCUAAUAGUAUAUACCUCGCUCUGGCUACGACUCCUCAAGGUUCAUGGAUAUGGAUUGGGGUGUCUAGUUAUAUUUCUCUGAUAAUGAUAAUUCUCCUAUCGCUUGCA